GCCUCGUCCCCAUGGCAACGGGGGGCGGGGCCUCGGGGACGGCCGGGAGCCGCCGUGCGGACCUCCCCGCGGGGAUGGAGGGGCGCAGGGAGGAGGCGCCGGAGCCGGAGGUGUCGGAGGCGUCCGAGGAGGAUGAGGAGGAGGAGGAGGAGGAGGAGGAGGAGGAGGAAGAGGAUGACGGCUCCGGGGUGCGGGUGACGCCGGCGCUGCUCAAGGCCACCACGGGCGAGUUCUCGCUGGAGUCCAUCCUCCUGCUGCGGCUGCGCGGCCGCGGCAUCGCCCACCUGGGCUGCCUGGCCGACUGCUCCAACCUGGAGUGGCUGGACCUGUCCGGCAACGCCAUCGCGGGGCUGGCGCCGCUGGCCACGCUGCGCGCCCUGGCCGUGCUCAACCUGGCCGGCAACCGCGUGGCCAGCGUGGAGCCGCUGCGGGGCUGCCGCAGCCUGCGCCAGCUCAACCUGGCCGGGAACCGCCUGCGCAGCCUUCGCCAGCUGCGCUGCCUGCAGGGGCUGCGGCACCUGGAGAGCCUGCGGCUGCGGGACCCGCUGGGCAACCUGGGCAACCCCGUGUGCGCCACGCCCGCCUACCGCGCCGCGCUGGCCGCCAUGCUGCCCGGCCUCAAGGCCAUCGACGGGCAGCGCGUGGCCGGCCGCGGCAGCGAGCUGUUCCGCCUGUGCGGCGAGCUGGACGCCGCGCUGGACGCCGAGGCCGCGCCGGCCGCGCCCGCGGAGCCGCCGCAGCCGUGGGUGCAGGCCGGGUUCUGGGAGCCGCGGCCGCCGCGCCGCAGCGCCGUGCUGGAGGAGGCCACGCGGCAACUGGGCCAGGCCCUGCGCGAGUGCCGCGAGCUCGGCCGCCGCGCCGACGACUCCAUCGCCCAGGCCCAGCGUGCGCUCGGCCGCCGCCACCACGGCAACUUCGGCUUCUGAGCGCGGCAGGGCUGGGGGUGUCCGGAGGUACCAGAGACCCUGGCACGGCCAGGAGACCCCCCGGAGGUGCCACAGCCUGGAGGCUUUGUGGUCUGAGCUGUGGGACCCCAAAGAUGGGACUGGAGAACCCCCAAAGCCACCACAGCCCAAAGCCUUCAUCAUCUGAGCCACAGGACCCUAAAAAUGGACCCAGGAGAACCCCCAGAGCCUGAGCUGUGGGACCCCAAAACCAGGGCCGGGAGACCCCCAGAGCCAUCCCCAGCCCAGCUCCUUCAUCUUCUGAACUGUGAGGGCCCAAAAGCAGGUCUAGGAGACCUGGUCAGUGCCACCACAUCCCAACUUCUUCAUUUUGUUAGCCAUGGGACCCCAAAAAUGGAUCCAGGAAAACCCUCAGAGCCCACACUGUCGCCGUGAGACCCCCAGAGCCACCCCAAGCCCAUCUCCUUCAUCUUCUGAGCUGUGGGACCUCCACACUGAAACCAGGGUACCCCCAGAGCCACCACAGCCCACCCAGGACUAUGGCACCUCCCCAGUGUCACCACAGCCCAGCACCUUCAUCUUCUGAGCCACAGGACCCCCAAAACUGGGCUGGGAGACCCCCACUGCCACCACAGCCCAGCACAGGAUCCCCAGGGAACACCAGAGGAGCCGUGGGACAUCUCACAUCUCGGGGACAGGGGACAUGGUGGCACCGUGCAUUAAAAGUGUCCCACCCUCCA